GAGUUACAGCAAAAGCGGCAAGCCAAUUUUGAAUGGCAAUCCCAAAGCUUAUAAUCAGUGCCCCAUUCACAUUCACUUCUCUUCUUCUACAUCACAAACCAAUAAACCCUAGAAAAGCCUCUCCUCUCUUUUCAUUUCUAACAAUGUCGUCUUCGUCUUCUUCUUCUUGGACCUGCAAAAAGUGCACUUUCAUCAACCCCACUUCUCAAAAUCAAAAACCCACUUGCGAAAUCUGCUUAACUCCUUUUUCUUCAUCAUCAUCAUCUUCAUCACCACCUCCUUCUCCUUCAGCCCCUAAAUGGUCAUGCAAGGCCUGCACUUUCUUGAACCUUUACAAGAGCGGAAGCUGUGAGGUCUGUGGCACGAGGGCCUCUGUGUCUUCCUUGUCCAGCUUUGAGGAUUUGAAAGAAAUUGAUGUUGAGGAUGAGGGUUUGGAUUCUGGGGUGGGGUCAGUUUUCUUGCCCCUGCAGCGUUGCAACAAGAGGAAGGCGGGGGACCCAGUUGUGGUUGAUGAAGAUUCUGCUGAAUUUGGUGGGUUUAGAGGGAUCAAGGCUUCCAAUAAGGCCGAGGCUGUGCUGGAGGAAACUGGUCAAGGAACCGUACCUAGUUCAUUGAAGAUUUUGAGCUAUAAUGUUUGGUUUCGAGAAGAUUUGGAAAUGCAUAAGAGGAUGAAAGCCCUUGGUGACCUUAUCCAACUGCAUUCCCCAGAACUCAUCUGUUUUCAGGAGGUUACUCCUAAUAUAUAUGAUAUUUUCUGCCAUUCCAGCUGGUGGAAGGUAUAUCAUUGCUCAGUUUCAACUGAGAUGGCGAACUCAAGACCUUACUUUUGCAUGCUGUUAAGCAAACUGCCCGUGAAAUCCUUCAGCUGUAAACCCUUUACCAAUUCUAUAAUGGGGAGAGAACUAUCUGUUGCUGAGGUUGAAGUCCAGAGGGGCAAGACUUUUGUUGUUGCUACUAGCCAUCUUGAGAGUCCCUGCCCAGCACCCCCGAAAUGGGAUCAGAUGUACAGCAAGGAACGUGUAGAGCAGGCAAAGGAGGCAAUCAACUUUCUUAAAAAGAAUCCAAAUGUGGUUUAUGGUGGUGACAUGAAUUGGGAUGACAAGUUAGAUGGUCAGUUUCCUUUUCCUGAUGGAUGGGUCGAUGCAUGGCAAGAGUUAAGGCCAGGGGAAAAUGGAUGGACAUAUGAUACCAAGUCCAACCAGAUGUUGUCUGGUAACCGUACAUUACAAAAACGGCUAGAUCGAUUUAUUUGUAAUCUGCGUGAUUUCAAGAUCAGUGGAAUUGACAUGAUUGGGAUGGAUGCAAUACCAGGUCUAUCAUAUAGCAAGGAGAAGAAAGUGAGGAAGGAGGUCAAGAAGCUGGAGCUUCCCGUUCUUCCUAGUGAUCAUUAUGGCUUGCUUUUGACAAUCUCUAGCCUGUAAUGUGUUUUUGGUUUUUGUAAAUGGUGAAGCUUUGUUAACUAAUGAUGCUUUCUAGGCAGUGCCUCUGUGCAUGCUUUUGCAUUCAAUUUUGUAUAGUUACAGAUUAAAUGAUGUAAAUGAGGGGCAUCUUGCUUUGCUUUUUGUAUGCAGACCUUGUGAUAAAAUGAUAUACUUUCAGGUGCACUGCUAAUUUCUGGAA